GAGCGCUAACCAAAUCUGUAGCGUAUAAAGUUUAGUGGUGGAUUUAGGUAGUUAAGUUUCUGAAUAAUAUUAUUCGCUUGGUGCUAAUAUUGCUAAUGCGAGCUACAAAUUGCAUCGCCCGUCUCCGUGUGUGCUGGGAGAUGGGAGGAGGACUCGUAUAAAUAGACAACAACUGAACAUACAGUGAAUCUCAAGGUGCUUCCCCGAGCCAAGAUCAGAAAACGCCUAUACCAUACAAAACACAAUACUGCAUACUAUGUAGACCACCAGUUGUACUCUAAACUUAUGCAAUACGUAAUCACAUUGUUUGUGCGAAUGUGCGAAUCAUACAUUAAUUGUGCGCUGGGCAUUCUACAUUGACACACGGUCGUGCAUUUUCAUUUGGUCGCAUUUUUGUGCCAGUCUGUCAGACCUUUAUGAUUUGAAAUGCUUUUCAUACAACUGAAAACCGAGUAUCAUAUAACGUGACAGUUUACAUGUAAAUAGUAACUAAAUAUACAGACCAAGAAAAGAACCUGAGCAACUGAGUCUUAUCUACGUAUAUCAACCAAAGUGUCUCUCGAUCCAUUUAAUUGGACAAACUGUAGUACUAAAUAAAUAUCAUCACCAAUUAAUUGCCUUAAUAAUUAUUAUACACAAAAGACAAUAUUUGAAGUCAACUAUCCACCCCAAAAUACCUGACAGACAUUCGCAUUCACAUUUUUACCUUUUCGAUGUCAACAUGUAGAAAAAUAAUUUUUAAAACCUGGACGUAAUUCUUUGUCCACGCUUUUGCAGAAAUACAUAGAACGAGUUGUAAAGACUACUAUGUAAAGCACCCCAAAAUCAAGCCCGAGUGCCAUACCUAUCAAAUUCGUAUCAAGAGCAACCGUUGACCACAGUCAACAAUUAAAUGCUGUUACACUUCAGCUGGAUUGAAUUGUAAAAUGCUAGUAUGUAUGCAUAGUACGUAUAUAGUGUUAAAUAAUGCUACGAAUGUAAAGAGCCAAUAAAACUAUGUAAUAACCAAUACUAAUCAAUUAGAAGUCAGGAUUCUAGUUAAUAAUUUUAAAUGACAUUUAAUAUUCAGAGAAAUAUUCAAACCAAUAUUUAGUCCUUGUAAUUACAUGGGUUAUUGCAUGACCCUGAGCUUUAAGGCGAUUUUUUUUUCAUUUAUUCGUAGAACGUAACAUGUCAAUUUGCGUACAAAACUAAAUAGCGCACAUGCCACAACUGUGAAGUCGGUGUCAUUUGAGCAAUUUAAAAGUUAGUAUUGAGACAUUACUUUACUAAAGUAUGUAAAUUUAUUGAAUAGGCAAUUAAAGUUUUAAAAUGUAAACACGAUAAAUUAAAAGCCUUUUUAAUAUUGCACGUGUCUUGUGCAAUAUAUUUACUACACUUCAAUUAUCGUAAUAAUAUUGUUUCAAUUCAAUACCACACUGAUUAAAAUAGCUGAAUUAGAGUACCAAUUAUAAAUCUUCAAUACAAUGGAUAAAUCGAAAGUCAAUAAAAACAUGUGCUCCAGCUCUUCCUACAGCACGAGAGGAACAACCGUCAAUAAAAACAAAAGUACGAUAUCCUUGAAAAUGACCCCAGAAACGCCCUCAAUUAGCGGAACGGUCUCCAGGAAUCAAAUGUUGCCACCUAUGACCAGAUCGACUGCGACGCCACGCUUUGAUGAGGACCCUUCAACCAGCAACAACACUUCUACCUCCGAGUUUGUCUCCUUCGAGCUUACAAAUUUGAACCUGACUGGGAACAAGGGUCGAGUGGACAUGUCCAAUUUCGAGCUGCUCAAAGUGUUAGGAACUGGAGCAUAUGGAAAAGUCUUUCUAGUCCGAAAAGUGGGGGGUUUUGACCAUGCAAAGCUCUAUGCAAUGAAGGUGCUCAAAAAGGCAGCAAUCGUUCAAAAAAAGAAGACAACGGAACACACAAAGACAGAGCGACAAGUUCUAGAAGCUGUACGCGAAUCUCCAUUCCUCGUCACGUUGCACUAUGCCUUUCAAACUGACGCCAAACUACAUCUCAUUCUAGAUUACGUUAGUGGAGGUGAGCUGUUUACACAUUUGUACCAAAGGGAGAGAUUCACUGUGGACCAAGUGCGAAUUUAUAUUGGAGAAAUUGUCCUCGCGUUGGAACACUUGCACAAGCUCGGAAUCAUCUAUCGAGACAUCAAAUUGGAGAAUAUUCUGCUCGAUGCUGAUGGACAUAUCGUGCUGACUGAUUUUGGCCUAAGUAAAGAAUUCCUUCCGCAUGAAAAGGAACACCGGACCUACUCGUUUUGUGGAACAAUUGAGUACAUGAGUCCAGAGAUCGUGAAAGGUGGAAACAUUGGUCAUGAUUUUGCUGUGGACUGGUGGAGUGUGGGUGUCCUAACGUACGAACUGCUCACUGGUGCCUCUCCUUUCACUGUUGAAGGCGAAAAAAAUACGCAACAAGAAAUCUCAAGACGCAUCUUAAAAAUUGAGCCUCCCAUUCCAGACGAUUUGUCGCCACCUGUGAAGGAUUUUAUUUGUAAGAUGUUAAUCAAAGAGCCACGACAAAGAUUGGGCGGUGGACCCACUGAUGCGACAGAAGUCAAAUCACACGCAUUUUUUAAGGGAAUCAACUGGGUUGACAUGGCAGACAAGAAGAUCAAGGCCCCAUUCGUACCCAAAAUUCAAAAUGAGCUAGAUACCUCCAACUUUGCGGAAGAAUUUACCAAAAUGGUCCCAACGGACUCGCCUGCAAUUGCAGUUCCUCCAAACUUUGAUAAAAUAUUUAAGGGUUACUCUUAUAUUGCUCCGUCCAUUCUAUUUUGUGAUAAGAACAACGUUAUUAAAGAUGAAAUAUUAAGACAAUCGCAAGAAAUGAACUACAAUUUUCCAAUCGCUAACUCUCCAUUCUUUGAUUUGUAUGAGAUUGACCUGAAAAGUGGUAUUUUGGGAGAUGGGAGCUUCUCCAUUUGCCGUAGAUGCGUCAAGAAGAGCACUGGGAAGGAGUAUGCAGUAAAAAUUGUGAGUCGUAAGGUGGAUUCGUCAAAUGAGGUUGCUCUUCUCAGGCUGUGUCAAGGUCAUGAAAACAUUGUAAAACUUCACAACGUCUAUCAUGAUGAGGCGCACGCCUACAUUGUCCUUGAGCUUUUGAAAGGAGGCGAGCUAUUGGACCGAAUUCGUCAAAAAGAACGGUUCACAGAAGAUGAAGCAAGUCAAAUAAUGCGAAAGUUAGUGCAUGCUGUGCAUUUUAUGCAUUCCAAAGGAAUCGUUCACCGGGAUUUGAAGCCAGAGAAUCUCCUUUUCGUUGACGAUAGUGAAGAUUCGGAAAUCAAAAUAGUAGAUUUUGGAUUUGCAAGAUUUAAACCCACGGAGAAAGAAACGAUGAAAACUCCUUGUUUUACAUUGCACUAUGCAGCUCCUGAAGUACUUCGACAAGCAAUGAAUCAAAACGAUGAGGGUUAUGGUUCUAGUUGUGACAUUUGGUCGCUGGGUGUGAUUCUGUACACGAUGUUGUCGGGAAGAGCUCCAUUUCAAGCACGAAGCAGAGAGGAUUCUGCAGCAGCUAUCAUGGCUCGCAUCAAAGGAGGUCAAUUUGACUUUAAUGGCACAGAAUGGCAACAUGUAUCUCCACAAGCAAAGAAUGUGACAAAAGGGAUGCUCACUGUUGAACCUACAAAACGACUGAGAAUGGAAGACUUACUUGAAAACUUGUGGUUGGAGGGAGGCAUGGGUGGCUUGUUGGCUACUCCCAGUAUUUUGAUUAGAAGCCACCGUGGUGCUGAGACUGCAGUCGGGAAAACGUUCAACGCCUUUCAUAUGGCUCAAAAAGAAGGCUUUCGUCUACAGGACAUUGCAUCCUCAAAGUCACAAUUGGCUCAAAGACGGAAAAUUAAAAAGUCAACAGACGGACGAUCGUCAUCAUCCAGCAAUUUCUCAUCUGCAUCGUCCUUGUCAGGCGGCUCGUGUGGGGUUAGUAAAGGUUCCGAUUCCAAUGCAUCAUCCACUUUAUCAAAGAGGAGUUCCAAUGAGCAAGAAGGUCCAAACUUUUUCACAUUUGGCGAAGCCCGUGUUCAAGAAUAUAUUUCUUCAUUGCCCGAGCGCAAUAGCAAUAGCUUUAGUUCUAAUUUCCAUUCUUCCACGUCGUUUUCUGGGAGCAGCGUCUCUUCCAUUUCCAACGCAAGUUCUGCCCGUGCUGUUCAUUCCAGAGGCAAGCAUCCAGGACCACCUCCCUUGACGCCUGUCUCCACCUUCUCAUUUCCUCAAAACUCGACUGACUCUACCAAGAAAGUGCGAACUACUCCGCCCACCUUGGUGGCUAUUCAUCCGUCGGUGCCCGCUACUCAGACUGUACCUGUUGAGGUCAAACUUCCCGUAACUCAAACCCUUGUCACUCAAACAAAGAUACCAACGACUGGACCCUCAUUUCCGCCCACCUUCAAAUUUGAGCCGAUAAUGACGAGAGCCAGAAAACGGAGAAUAGACCAAGGGGGAAGGAAAGGAGACUUAAAAAGUGCCUACGUCAAGGAAAAUCCUGCGACUCAAGACGACAAGUUGUUCAACUGCCCAAUUGGUGGAGACGUCCUGAAACCUGUGGAUCUGGCUCUUCCUUCUCGUGUACGUCAACAACAGCAAGAUUUAUUACCCGAGCCAGUCGCUGAAUCAAUUGGCGUUGAAUUCCAUCGUCGCCAUCACCACCCAGAACUCGCAAUAUCGCCCACUUGUAAUUCCUCGUCUGUUCAUGAAGGGCCAACUCAAAAGUAUAAACGCAAGCGUAUGAAGAAUCUGUGAUACAUGUGGAAUCUAAAAGGUUCACAAUUUAUCCUAGAUCCCAAAAUCAAGGUUGCGUUAAAUCAAAAUGUUGCAUUAUUGCUACUGAUUACCUCGUAACUGUAUCCGUGUCUUAUUCAUACAUACGCGUAUAUAAAUAACUUUAAACGAAUCUAAUCCACGAGCAUUCUCGUCCCCUCCAAUAAUUUGUCAAUGCGACAAAAUAAGUAAGUUACAGUUUAUGCAAGACCAAGUAUUCUCAACUGAUAAUUAGUUGCAUACAAAGUUGUUCUAUUUAAACAUCAGACUAAGUUAUGCAUGUAUUCACUUGGUAUUCAGUGAGUAUUGAGCUCAUCAGGAACGAAUCUGCGAAUAUCGUGUUUACAUUGAUCAAUCAGCUUAACCCACUGAUUUAUCAGUAAAUCAAUUAUUCUGCAAAUGAACAGACUAAACUAAAGUCUUAAUCGUAUAAGUAAAUAAUUUUUGAAAUCGAUAGAUAUAUUUUAUCACAACUCGGAAAUAUUGACGAAUAUAUAUGUUUGUUUUAUAUUAAGAGAUUUAUAGUAAUAAUCAUUAAUGAAUAGAUAUUUUAUUAUUUAUCUAGACACAUACAUAUAGAUAUGCAUCUCGAUAUGCACUUGGUGAUUUUAACUGUCAAAUUAUGAAUCUGUGCCCACUUAAUCAUGUGAGUAUUAUUAUGACGAAAUAUUUAGCAGUUGUACCUUAUACAUUUUUAUGUGGAUCAAUGUCAAAUGGGAAUCAUGUACUGAACAGAAUUUGAUUCCUCGAAAUUCUUCUUCUAGAUAUGAGCACAAGUGUAACGUACGAAUGUGAUUGAAAUUAUGUUCUAGUGAAAGACUGGAGCUGAAUUUUGACAAUUGAGCUACAUUUUUCAAAUCUAAAUCUUACAUAUUAUGUAUACAGACUAUUCCAAAAUCAGAGUUGCACUUACCCACUCCAAAAAAUUGGCAAACUUCAUGAAACGAUGUGCUUUUUAAAAGACUUGAAUUGUUCAGUCUUUACACACUUGUGAUUGCCGAAUCAAAAAUACAGCAAAUCUAUACAAAGUCAUUCUUAAGUCUGUUGUUUUUUCUACACAAAAUUAAUUCGUAACUAAUUAAGAUGUUUGAAUAUUAUAAGAAUAUUUGGUGUGGUUGUUCAAGACUGAUAUUUUUUAUAAUAAUCCAUGAUGCAGGACCACAUUCAAUGAUUGUUUGGCAACUAAAUGUUGAAUUCAUGCAUACAACUUUUGUUUAGAUUAAGCAGGUUUUUAUUGUAUUUUCAUCGUUUAUUGAUUUUUAUUAUUAUGUUACCAGUCCUCAGUCAAACACAAUUUUUUUUCUAUUUUAUCUGUGUCCGAAAUAUUUUAAAUGAUUUAAUUAGUUAGCAGAAUUAUAGAGUAUUUGCUUUGAGAUAUUUUUUAUCGGUGCAAUUUCAAAGUCAAUGAAAAACAGGAAAAAUGUUGAUGAUUCAUUGAAGCCAUUGGCUGUGUUACUAUUAACUAAAAUUGUGCAAGCACAAACACUUGUGUACGAGUAACAAGAAAACAAAAUGAGACAAAGAUUUUUAUUUAUUUAAAUGGUGCUAUUUGCUAUCGAAUGCAAUAUCGAAAUCGAAAAAAUUGUAAUUUUUUUAACGCCCGUAACCCCGCAUAUUGAAAAUUUAGGUGCACUAUUGCAACUUAUUAUUUAGUAACUGGUGACAUGGUGGUAGUUUGGAAUGUAUGCAGUGCAUGGUAAAUGAGGCAGAUAAUGCCACUGCCACCAGUAAGUUUGAGUCAGCAUUGGAAGAAGAUACCAAAAUCAAGGCUCUGAAAUUGAAUCACAAAGCCAACAAGUCAACGAAAAUUGAAUCACUCAUUCACAUUAAUUGUUUUGUACUUCGAAUAGUGCUAUGAGGUCAUAUGCAGUACAGGAUUACAGAGUAAUUGAAUUCAUCAAAGGCGAAUUUUGUUCCCUUUGUUCACUAAUAUACCUCGAUCUCCUUACUCUUACAUACUACUACUACGUAUCCAUGUACCUGUUUCCCAUUGGAAGUGCUGGACUUGAAGAAUUAUUAGUAAAGUUUAUUAGCAAAUUUGAAAUUCAAAAGAUAUAAUUCCAUUGUUUGAGUUGAAAGUUGAUGUAUUGUUCAAAGUAUGGUUUUGAUUUGUAUGGUCAAGGAUCGUGUUCUAUUAUUGCUAAAAUACUUAUAAAUAUAGUGAGAUAAUUGCCCAGUGUAAUUAGUUUUUGUCGUCUAUUUAAAGUAUAAGCCUUGAUGAACAUGACUUGGACUCAUUCUUAGAGAACGAAAUGAUUUAAUGUUUUGUAUCUCCUUCUUCACCUUUUAUCCAACUUUGUAAGAGUACUUUGUGAAAGAAUAUGAAUUGAAUAGCCAUUACAUGUCAUGAAAGUAAUGUUGCGGAAGAUUUUAAUAAAUGGAACUUAAAAAUUA